AUGGAAUACGCCACCAACCCUGCCCGUCGCGAUGUGUUGAGACGCGAUUUGGGUCAACUGCUCAAGGGCACAGCCCAACAGUGCUACAUCGGCGUGCUGUCAGACAUCGAACGAGCUCAAUUAAAGAAGAACUUCAACUUCUGGAAGUCGGUGAUGAUCAAGCGGUUUGGACUAUCAAAAACGGAGGCUGGAGAGCAACUACUCAAGUGCACCUAUACAGCUACCGACUGCAAAGCCGGGAUCAAAUUCAGGUCCUACGCAGCCAAUAAGAUUCGUCUCUGCAAGGCUAUGGGCAUAAAUAACACACACAGUGUCCUGUCUUUCAUCUACAAUGGAGUCGACCUCACCAUCCAAGAGCUCAUCUUCGAACCUGACUCAUCUACGACAAUCGACGCCUACCUUACCAGCGUCGGGGAUUUGGCACAAGCCACUACGCCACGCCAUGGCGUCCCGGGCCUGAGCCCCUGA